CUUCCACCACCUCUCUGCUGUCAGGUCAGGCUGAUUGAGAGUAAAGGUAACAGAGCUCCAGUCGAAAGGAAAGGGAGAGUUGCAGCCAGAUACAGGGAUGAGAGGAGACGGUCCGUUUUCUGGGAUGAGGAACCUCAAGCGCUUUGGUGACAUCGAGAGAGCUGUCGCCGGGAACCUUUUCCUGCUUCGGGCUGCAAACGGGGAGCUCCAGAGCAUCAGCGAUCCCGACGAUCACAUCCUCUCACAGCAGGACUUCGACCAGAUAACGGAUUUCAACGACCUGCCCACCUCACUCUUUGCCUGCAACGUACACCAGGCUGUGUUCGAAGACGAGGAAGGAAGGGAGAAAUUUGAAGCGCUUUUUUUGGCAUAUGACGACCAUGCCACAUUCCAGCUGUUCAAAAGUUUCAGACGUGUGAGAAUCAACUUCAGCAAUCCCAAGGUAGCGGCCCGUGCCAGGAUAGAGCUCCACGAAACAAAGUUCAAUGGGAAAAAGCUAAAGCUCUACUUUGCACAGGUCCAGAACCCAGGCGGAGAUAACCUACACCUUGCCCCUCCUCAACCAGCAAAGCAGUUUCUCAUCUCCCCUCCAGCGUCACCGCCUGUGGGCUGGCAGCAGAUUGACGAUGCCACACCAAUCAUCAACUAUGAUCUCCUGUAUGCAGUGGCUAAGCUUGGGCCUGGAGAGAAGUAUGAAUUACACGCAGGAACCGAAUCGACUCCAAGUGUAGUGGUCCAUGUUUGCGACAGCGAAGCAGAGGAUGAGGAAGAAUCGAAGAACUCUCCUAAACCAAAAAUAAUUCAAACCAGGCGCCCCAAUCUGCCACCAGCCAUGUCCAAUUGAAACACUGAUACACAUUUUAAGACGAGUAUCAUCCAGUGCUCUCUGCUACAGCCAUACUCUACUGAAAGGGACAAUUGUCUGUCAGUCACAGAAGCAUUUGUUUUCAAGCCCCUUCCGUGUCUCUAGGCCUAUCAAAAUAGGAUGGAAGGGGUUACUAUGUGUAUGCCUAUUUGUCACAUACAAACUAGUGUCUGAUCAUAUCAUUAAAGCAUUCAUUUAUGCUAGAAUGUCAUUAGUAAAACCCAGGAAUGAUAGUAAAGCUUGGCAUUUUAAUUCCAAGACAAAUUUCAUCUGAACAUAUUCAGCACAUGAUAACCUGGUGUUCUAAAAUGAUUUGAUGUUAAUGUUUGAUCCUGUUUUAGAUUAGACUUAGCAAAGUCUUGAGGCAUACAUCUGCCAUGUUCUACAACUUGGUCAGAAGUUCAAAGGUUGAAUGAAAGGUCUGAGUUUUACUUUUUUGACAUUGAGUUGUCAAUUGUCCUUGAUGAAAACUCUGCGAGACUAUUAUGUUGAAAAACAAAGUGUAUUGGCAGUACUUGGGGGAAAGGUUCACUUGUAUUCACACUGAUGUGCAGUAGGUAAUGUUGCCGUCCUUUAAUAUAUUAGAUAAUAUAUUACUUGUGAAAAGAUGCCGCUGUAACAUGUCUUUUUAUCACUCUGUUUUAAUAUUGGUAUACAUGUAUUGACUGUAGCUAUAUCCACUUAUUGAAAUGAGGAAUGAUAAAAUGGAUACAAAGAAAGAUAGACAAAUGUUAUCACACCAAUGAAGUUUCCUGACUGCAUGUUUCUAACCAGGAAGAAUACCAAUAGACCAUAUUUUGAAACCUCUCGCUGCAGUGAAGGACUCCUAUUGUGCUGACUUUGUUCAUGGAUGAUUGCUUUACACUCCAGUCUAUGUAAGAUUGACAACUUCACCUCUUGUAAUGAAUAUUUUUUAAAAUCCCAUAAACAUUGAAAUUAAGAUUUAAAAAAAUCAAAACAAUAUCUUUACACAAUCUUUACACAUAUUUUGUCAGUAUCUUGUAAUUUCUCUUUUUAUUGUACUAUUCGCAUACACCUCAGCAUGACAAUCAGAGGUGUCUAAAUAUUUGCCUGAAAAAUAUGGUCUAUAAGUAACUUGAUGCUUUAAUACUAAUGCAGUGUGCAUUCAAGGUUUUUGUGAUGCAGGUUCCAGAGAUACAGUGGAGUAAAUAUGAAGAAAUAGAACUCAAGUCUAUCAACAAUUAAAAUAAAUAAGUUGGUAAGAUUUCUCUUGAUUCUGGUCUGUUGUUAAAAGUCACAAGGGAGGGUCAGAAGGUAUUCCACCAAAGUUGGAUAAAGUUGGGUUAUGAUUAUCAAUGUGAAAUAGCCCAAUGUUUUUUUAACUUACUUUUUCAGAUUUAUGUAACUUUUUUUUAAAAAGGCUAACAAUACCACUGCCAUAAUAAUUUGCAAUUAUUGUAGAUAAGCAUUUACUCUUCUUUAUUCAAUUAAUCAUAUCUAUCAAGGACAUUGAAUGAUUUGUAAUGCUCUUUGCAUUUAUGUAAUGUAUACAUCACUGAUCUGUUAAUGCCCCAGUAUGUACCAUCUCUUAGCUGAUGUGUCAAGUAAGAGGUCUGUACAUUUCUGUUGAAUUUCAACUGAGUUUUUCAUUACGUCAGUUUACUUUUCUCUUUGCAGUUGCAUGACAAGACAUUGAUAGUAAAAAAAAGUAUUCUGGAAUAGUUUGGCUGAGUGCAAAAAUGUUAGAAAAUGAAAAUUGCAAUGAUUAUGCUAAGAAAAUACAAAACAAGAAUGGAACCAUUGUUUAGAUGUAUUCAUUCUGAUGCAGAUAUUAUUGUAGACCAAUACAGUCAAACCUCAUUACAAAAACUGUUCUCUUUGGUCUCAGCUAAAACUUAUUUUAUGUCAAGAAACCAAAAGUGGCUUGAUAGAUUCCGAUGCUGCUGGAGUGGGCUCACAUUCAGCUGACAGCUGAUCAACAUAAUCCCCUGAGUGACUCAAAUUUGCCGAAUCUUAAUCAAGAAAUGAAGUGUAGACUUUACUUCAGUGAAACAGUUCAUUGGAGGUGGGAGUAGAGUUGAUAGACCCAUUCCUUGCAGAAAGUACACCUCCUGCGAGUCACUCAGCAUAGCCCAGAACGUCUCUGGACCAGACUGCUUCACCUUUUCAAAAUAAAAAUACUGUGACGGAGAGCUAAAGAUCCUUAUGACCAACCCAGUUAUAUGAAUCACAAAACCUCAAUCUCACUCUCGUCACUGACAGCUUCCGCAGCUUCUUUCUUAUCAUUACUCUUCCAUUCAGGUCUUCCUGAACACAGCCUCACAAGCUCAGUUUGGCUGUCCACAUGAUCAUUACCCAACAGUUUGAGACCUAAACGGUCAUUCCUCUAACAAAAGGGGUUCAAUGUAGUCAUCCUCAGUGUUGACCAUGUUGAACUCGAGGUCUCAAUGCAUUGCCGACCUUUUGCGUCCACACAAAGCAACGGGCGGGUGGCGGGGGGGUCACUGUGUUACUAAUAAUGAGAUUUGACUGCAUUCUCUAGUGCUUCAGUGUAUAAUUAGAAUAUAUGUUUAUUAGUAAAGGCUAGUAUUUGGCGUUGUCUGUGUUAUUCUGCGUCUUUGCCACUGAAUGGGUGCUAGUAAUACUUUUUAAAUUAAUUGCCUUAUAUAUGUGUGUCUAGUAUGUCUAUUGUUAUUUAGUUUGUGCACGAAACUGUGUCUUGCUGUUCAAAAUUGUGAUGCUGUGGUCCUCAUGACGAAUUGUAUCUGUGCCUUCUCUAAGAUUUUACAAGAGGCGCACUCCCAUAAACACAAGUUAACUUUAGAAAAAAAUGCUCGACUUAUAAUCUAUAUUUUAGACAUUUACAUUUUAGUUGGAAGUUUUUGUGAUUAAACAAUCAUGAUUAUUGGUCAUAUAAACCAAUGUUUCAUUUAAAUCCUUUUGAAGAAAUUAUUAUUACUAUUUCUGUAACAUGAUUUUGCUCUUUUCAAAAGCCCCAUUGGGCGUUAGUUUUAAUACCAGAUGAGCCUAUGCUUUGCCACUGAUCACACUGCACCUUAUUAGGUAACUGCUGCGUAUUGGGUUUUUAUAUAGAUGUCCUAUGAAGGUGUGAAAGUCAGGACAGACUUAAUGAACACCCCAGUGAUACAGAACAAGAUAACUAACCUUACAAAAGUGUAAACAGUAACCUAUUAAUAACCACAAGAGGAAAAAACAAAUUAAGGUUUCAAGACGCAAUAUGUAAAUAAAACGUUUCUUCACAUUGUCA